GACUCGGGGAGUUGGAUAGAGAGAGAGCAUUCCUCUGGUCCAGAAUGACAAUUAAACACCGCUGCAGGAAUGUGCACGAAUGACUUUACCUCUCCUGUGCACAGGUGUUGCUCAUGACGCAGCCUCACAGCAUGGGCCUCGGAGACGGCAGGUAUCAGCUGUUACACCUGAUGCCAUGACAUGUUGAUAUUCCCUUGACAACCGCGGAUCGGAUCGGAUAUCCCACCUUUAAUCAGGGGUCAUUAUGCCCGCCAUCACGCUGCUGUGGGCCGUGGACGUGUACGGCAGGGUGUACAGCCUCUCCACAGCCGGUCAGCGCUGGGAGCGAGCGGACGACCUGUUGCUGGAGCUGAAGAGGGUCACUGCAGGGAAGGGGCGCUGCUGGGGCAUCGGCUGUGACCACCAUGUUUACCUCAACAUGAUGCCCAGUGAGACCUCCAUCCGCUACCGGGAGGAGACCUAUGAAAACCAGAGGUGGAACCCAGUCGACAGCUUCACUGACACACUGCUGCCCACCGACCGCUGGCCGUGGAGCGACGUGACCGGGAUGAACCCUCAGCCGCUCCACAGCUUUCAGCUUCCCUCCAGAAGCUGGGAGUGGGAGGGGGACUGGUAUGUGGACCAGAGCUGUGGAGGAGAACCCAGCCAGACCGGGGGCUGGGAGUAUGCAGUCGAUUUCCCAGCAAACUUCUCCCCCGACAAGAAGUGGAACUCGUGUGUCCGUCGAAGGCGCUGGAUCCGCUACAGGCGAUACAUCGCACAAGGCACCUGGGCCAAGGUCCCGCUGGAUAAUCCCAGGAAGCCCCCGCUGCCGCUCUGUGACAUCAGCUGUGGGGGUUGGGAGAUGAGUGACCAGUCUGGAAGGUAUCCUUACCUGUGGGGCGUGUCCCAACAAGGACAGGUGUGGUUCAGGGAGGGGAUCCACCCUCGGGUCCCGGAGGGUACCUGCUGGGAGGAAGUUGAAGUACCCAAAGAGGUGGCUCAGCUGUCAGCCGGCCCCGGAGACCUGCUGUGGGCUUUGCUGUGGGACGGGAACCUGCUGGUCCGUACUGGCCUCACCUUGGACAGCCCGACUGGCACGUCGUGGGUGGAGGUGGAAUCACCAGGAAAAGAGGUUGAAGCUCUUCAUGUGGCUGUGGGAGUCAGUGUGGUCUGGUUGGUCACUAAAGACUACAAGGUGUGGUUUAGGCGCGGCGUGAACUCCCACAAUCCCUGUGGCUCUGGUUGGAUUGCCAUCGGAGGGGAGAUGAUGAUGGUGGAUGUAGGACUCAACGAUCAGGUGUGGGCGGUAGGCGAGGACCGCGGCCUGUAUUUCAGGAUGGGUGUGACCCCGUCUGAACCCAGCGGGAGCGGCUGGAUCCCCGUCUCUGCCCAGUGGGGGAACAGUAAAGAAGUUCUACCAGCCAGGAAUGAGUGUGAGUUAAGCACCCAGCUGACCGAGGCCUCGAGGGGCUCAGUGUUGAGCUGCACGGACUCAGACUCAGAGUUGGGCCCCGCUGAGCCACAAAACAGCCGCAAUGACACGCCGGUCCCGGAGGCAGCGGCCCCUUCUGUGGUCCCUCUGGGGGCGGCUGACACACCUUCACCUCCCCUGAACACAGAGGACACUCCGUCAGCCCUCCUCCUGGACGCCCCCAAACCCUUCAUCCCCGCGAGCGACAGCUUCAUCAACAGCCUGGUGUCAGACCGCGACAAGACCUCCACACAGCCGGCGUCCAUCGCAGAGGCCCCUCGGGAGGACGGCGAGGAGACGUCCCCGGCCCCCGUCCUGCUGACCCCUGUGGCGGCGGGACAAGACGUGCCGUGGAUGAAUGUAGAUCUGGAGGGGGCGGAAGCAGCUCGCAGUGCACACGCAUUGGGGCUCUCAUCAGGCGACGCCGGUGCUGCGGCCACAUACGCCCUCGGGACUCUGGAGACUUCUCAGGCUGUGGGGGAAGAGGAUGGACCGGUGUGGGCCUGGAUCUCCGGUGGAGGCUGCGAUGUGGACGCAGAGUCACAGAUCAGCUGGCUCAGUUCCUCAGGUCCCCUCACCAGCUCCCUGUCACUGACUCCGGUUCAGUCAGCAGCCUGGAGCGAGCAGCCGGAACACAAAGAGGAGAUCAGCAAGAAACCGCUGGAGAGGAGCAACUCUGUGUGGGUACGUAAAGGUUCGCUGCGCUGGUGGAGAGACUGGAAGCCUCAGCGCUGGGUGGAUGUGGGUGUAGCCCUGGAACAGUCAACCAAACCCGACGGGAGGAAGGACAGCAUCUUCUUUGUCUACUACACACAGUACGAUGAGAAAAAGUACCUUCAUGUGUUUAUAAACGAGGUGACGGCGCUGGUUCCGGUGCUCAGGGACUCCCACCAUGCCUUCGCUGUGUACACGGCCCAGAGGACCAAGCAGAGGUGGCCUCUGGUCCUGGCGGCACAAACUGAGAGGGACAUGAAUGAAUGGCUUAGCUUGUUGUCUGACUGUUGCUGUGAGUGUCGGGGGAUCACAGGACCCCCGUCCAGACACGCCCUGUGGUCCACGACCUCAAAGGGAGACAUCAUGGUCCACGAGCCGUCCUUCUCUCUGGAGGCUCCUGCUCAGACACCAGCCUGUGACCUCAUGUUCUGGCGGCAGGUCCCAGGUCACCUGCGCUGCGUAGAGUCAAGCAGUCUAGGGCUGGUGUGGGGCAUCGGGUGGGACGGCACUGCCUGGGUCUACAGCGGGCGCUUUGGGCACCAAGCCACCCCGGGAGAUGAGGUUGAGAUGCACCAGCAGACUGAUGUCAGGAGUGUUCAUGUGUACGAGAAUCAAAGAUGGAACCCAAUGACAGGAUAUACAGACAAAGGACUUCCUACAGACCGCCCUAUGUGGAGCGAUGAGAGCGGCCUGAAGGAGUGCACCAAAGGAAACACACACCCGCCCUCCCCUCAGUGGUCCUGGGUGUCAGAGUGGGCGGUGGACUACAACGUUCCUGGAGGGACGGACAAAGAGGGCUGGCAGUACGCCGCGGACUUCCCUGUGACAUUUCAUGGCCACAAAACCAUGAAAGACUUUGUAAGACGCAGAAGAUGGACCAGGAAGUGUAAACUCUCGCUGAGAGGUCCAUGGCUGCAGGUCCCGCCCAUUUCUCUGAGUGACAUCUCUGUGAUGCCGUGUCUGGCACAGAGCAGCAUGGAGCAGGUCCCCGUGUGGGCGCUCAAUGAUAAAGGAGAUGUUCUGUGUCGACUGGGAGUCAGCCCCCAAAACCCAGCGGGCAGCUCCUGGCUGCAUGUGGGCACAGACCAGCCCUUUAAGUCCAUUUCCAUCGGCGGAGCCAACCAGGUGUGGGCCAUCGCCAAAGAUGGAGCUGUUUUCUACAGAGGAUCUGUCUCUCCAAACCCUGCAGGAGAAUGCUGGUACCACAUCCCGUCCCCGCUCAGACAGACUCUCACUCAGCUGUCUGUGGGGAGGACCUCCGUGUUUGCUGUGGAUGAAAACAGUAACUUGUGGUUUAGACAAGGCCUCACCCCCAGCUACCCUCAGGGCUCCGCCUGGGAGCUGAUCUCUAACAACGUCACCAAGGUUUCUGUGGGACCGCUGGACCAGGUGUGGAUCAUAGCAGACGGGGUUCCAGGUUUCACAUCGGAGACCCCUGGAGCUGUCUGCCACAGGCUGGGGGUGGGACCCAUGCAACCCAAGGGCCAGGGUUGGGACUAUGGAAUAGGAGGAGGCUGGGAGCACAUCAGUGUGAGGGGAAACUCAGCAGAGGCUCCUCGGGCCCCCCAUCUUCCUGCUGCAGGACCCCCACGCAGCCCGCUCCCCCACCAGCGUCCUCCUGCACAAGUGAACGGGAACGCUGUGGGUGUGUAACGCCCCUCACACGUCUCCUCCUCCUCCUCCUCUUCUUCCUCUUCCUGCAGCCCUGUUUGUGCCUGGAUCAAACGUUUGUGUGUCGUCAGACCGCUCCCACAGGCCCGCACCCCCCUUUCUCGUAGAGGGGAGUGCACAAUCAUUCAAACCACCGAGUUUAGACUUCAGUAUGUUGGUUUGGAUUUGAUGGAUGGAUGAAUGUUUCCUCCUGGCUUGUUCCCCAGGCAGAGACCGGGUCAGAGUGCAGCGAUCGAAAAAGAGAGCACAAGAGCAUUUAAGUAGAAGGACCUGGAUGUCAUGUAGGAUAUAACAAAACAUGGGAGUGCAUGUGUUUGCUCUUACCAGGCUUUAGCUACUGGGUGAUUUGGGACCUAGCAAUAGCUUUUACUAUAAUGAACAAUCUCCUGUGAAAACCUGAGCGGGCGGGACUUUGAUAAAGGGCUAAGGCUCGGGUACCGGACUAACUUCAAACUCACAAUCCCACUGUAGCCUGAACUGUUUCUAGACUCUUUGUUUUGUUUGUUCUUGCCUGUCAGAUGUUUGCAUGUGGUUUUUAUUUAUUUAUGUAUUUAUUUAUUUAUGAAGCAUUUGUUGAAUUGUCUUUCAGUGUUUGCAAUGGAGUGUCUUUUUUUCCGCCCAUGUUGCUACGUCGAGCCUUUUUAAUAAUCAAAGGUUUCUCUAAAAAAUGAUGACUGGCACAAAAAAUGAAAUCUUCAUCCUUCAGGAAAAUCAAAACUCUCUUUAAUUACAGCAAUGGGAGGGACAGAGAACAUUUACAUUUACCUCUCUAUCGCCUACAAUAAGAAAAGUUCUUCCUGUUCCGUGUUUUCUCCGUCCAGCGUGAAAUGACCGUGACUGUUGAAGCUGCACAGCAGGUCUGAGUGUCACCAGAGCUCGACAUUCAUCCUACAGGGGCAUUGAAAUGUGAAAUAAACGUCUCAAAACAUGA